CCCCUCCCGGCGGCUUAGCCCUCCUCAGGUACAGGGGGAAGCGAGGUCCCCACUCCACUCGCCUCGGUGCCGGGUCGGCGAGAGCAGCCGGGCUCCGGCCCCGGUCCUGUUUGUGCCCCGAAGGUCUGGCCAGGGAGGCGGCCGACGGGAGCAGCUCCCGUGCCGAUGCUGCUGCCGGCCUGGGAAUUAUGGCUCUACGGGUUCCUCACCGUGGGCUCCCACCUCUACGCGUUCUACGAAGCGCACCAAGUGUCCCGAAAGUAUGAAGCUGUGAUGGACAGAAUGUUUGGGCUGGACCCAGGAACUCUCUUUUGGGGCCUCAAAAAGGACCCCAUGGACUUUGAGUGGAGCUACUGGAUCGAAUGGGGAAGGGAACGUAUACUGUGGCUUCUGGCUGGUCACCUGCUGGUAUCACAAGUGUCCAGGCUCCUGGUGGAGAAGUAUAAACCAUGGUGCUUGAUGGUUUAUGGAAUGGCUGCCUGCUGGUUGUUACUGGGAAUCAAGGGUUUUGCUGUCAUUUUGUUACAUGCAGCUGUUUCCUUUGCUGUGGCUCAGUUUCAGCUGUCACUCCUGACAUGGUUGUGCUCCCUUAUCUUGCUGUCCACUUUACGCAUACCAACUGUGGAAGAAACCAAGCGGAAGUGGUACGACACUGAAAAUGAGUAUUAUCUGCUGCUCUUCACUGUGUCAGUCCGCUGCCUCUUCUGCACUAGCUUCAGCCUGGAGUACUGCUGGCAUGGACCUACCCAGAAGUCAUCCCACUCAUUCCCAUGGAUGCUGGCAUAUGUGUUUUAUUAUCCCACAUUCCACAACGGACCCCUUAUGAAUUUUGAUGAAUUCAGUAAGCAGAUGAGGAGACAAGAAGCUUUCAGUGUGAAGAGCAAUCUCAGCAUCUUAAUCGUGGGCAUAAUUCGUAUUUUCUUUUGGUGGGGCCUGGCUGAGCUGAUGAUUCAUCUCAUGUAUAUCCACGCUCUCUACAGUAGUGCUCUGCCUUUGGAAUCUGCAUCAUACUGGGCCUUGGGUGGCCUGGCUCUAGCUCAAGUACUGUUUUUUUAUGUGAAGUACCUGGUUCUAUAUGGUGUUCCUGCCCUUCUCCUUCAAAUGGAUGGACUCAAACCUCCAGCUCUGCCUUGCUGUGUGAGCCUGAUGCACAGUUUUACUAAAAUGUGGAGAAGUUUUGAUGUUGGGCUACAUCGCUUUCUGGUCAGGUACAUUUAUGUUCCAAUGGGAGGAUCUCAGUCCAGUUUGCUUGGAAUGCUAUUUUCUACAGCCCUCACUUUUGCUUUUGUAAGCUAUUGGCACGGAGGACAGAGUUAUUUGUGGUACUGGGGCGCACUUAAUUGGUUUGGAGUAAUUGUGGAAAAUGGCAUCAAGAGGAUACUUUCCAUUUCACUUAUUCAAGAUUUAAUUGAACGUUUCAUCUCGCCAAGAAUUCGUCGUCGACUUCAUGCUGUCCUAGCAUCUGUUAGCACUUCAAUGUUGAUUUUAUCAAAUCUAAUAUUUCUUGGAGGAAAUCAAGUUGGAAAAAUCUACUGGAACAGGAUCUUUAUGGAAGGUUGGCCAUGGGCGACACUGACUGUUCUCGGGUUCCUGUACUGCUAUUCUCAUGUUGGAAUUGAAUGGGAACAAAAGUAUGCUGCAACUUAGGAAUGAUGCAAACAAUUAUUUUUAAGGCAGGUUUCUGACUUUUCUACACUGGAUAUCCUAUCUACAGAAGGGUGUGCCGGACCAACACUUCAGUCGUUGUGUUAAAAAAAAACAACAAACCUUAUUUAAUUGAUUCUGGAUUCCAAAUGCAGAAAUUGAACCAGAAACAGUAAUGGUGGGGAGAAAUUAUGAAGCAUUUGAAUUAUAUUAUUUUUGUAAAACAGCAUCUCUGUACACUGGAAGCAUGCUUGUCAGAACAGGUAUUUUUAUAUGUUGAAAAUUGUUUUAAUGUUUUGCUGCCUAUUUUGAGAUACUGAAGAAAAAAAAUUCUUCUACCUUGGAGAAUUCAGAAAGCCCAAUCUCUCACAGCCGCUGUCUAGGGGCAUGGAGGGCUGUGCCCUCCACUUACACUACUCCAUGAAGGGCAUGAUGCUCAUCAGUUCUUCUUGAUUGCUUUCUGAUAUAAGUGAGAACAUUUUUGCAUUCUCACUGGCUACAGUAGUUCUGCCUUAAGCUUCUUUUCUAUCUCCUGUAGCAAAGCCAGCUUUUUCUUUUUAAUGUCUUAAUUUAAAGUAUUGCCUUUAAAAUAACACCCUUUUUAGGUAAUCUUAGGAAUAGUUUUAUUUCUUUCUUUAAAAAGAGUGAGUAGGGAGGUAGGCCUUUUUUGAAGCUUUUCUUUUUAAUCAAAUACGCUCUUACAGCUUUAAGUGCUCUCUGCUUUAUGUUUAGACCUAAAGUAUAAAAUAUUACCGGUAUAAUGAGGCAAGACGCACCUUCAGGGGAACUGUUCAGUCUGCCUCUUGUAUUGUUCUGUUACAAAAGGAGAUAACCCAGGCCUGGGUGAAUGGUAAAUUUGUUCAGUUUGCUUCAUUCUCUGGUGUCCAAGCAAUCAGCUCCUGCAAUACUGAAGACACUCUAAGAGUAACUUUUUAACACCUUUAGAAGAAAACAGAAUGGUCCAAUACAGUGACACCAAAAUAGCUGGAACUCCAUGUGCUUUGCCCAAAGCCAGACCUGUUACAGCAGCAUCUUUGCUAAAAGACUGAGUUGCCCAGAGCUGGGAAGGUCCUGCCUACCUGCAAGUGUCUGGGUUGCAGGAGUGCUUCAGCACAUGCUGUUUUCUGAGGGAAGGAGAGACCCUUCUCCUGUCUGGCACUUGGGGCGUCUCCUAUGCUGUGCUGCUUUAAACUGAUGUUGAAGAGCAGCCAGAAGACCUUUAGUCUUUCUAAAGUUAGAUAUUCCCCCUAUGCAUGGUAAAAGGCUACCAGUUCUGGAGAGGACUUCUUCCAAAAGCAGCUUCCUCCACCCAAAGCAGAAGGACACGUGUCAAAACUUGUUCCAUGCCCCUGGCAGACAUUUCAGCCUGUUGGGAGGCACAUUUAGUGACCUACUGCAUCACUUCUGCAGCUUCAGCAAAGUCUGAUAUAGCUUAUCCAUUCAACAAGAAAUUCAGUUCCUGAGACAGGCUUCAGUUUAUUGCCUGCAUUUCUGAUGUCUCUGCUGCUCAGAACUCCAGCAGCCUUCUUUUUACCCUCCCUUUAUUCCUGAAGAAGUAAGGGCAGAGGCUUCAGCUCUCUGUCCAUCCGGAGACAAGCACAGCUCUUGCUGUUUCAAAGCAGAAACUCCAACCCUUUAUGAUAAGAUUCCCCCCUCCUCCCCUGCCAUGAGAAUGCCAUGAUUUCCUCUGGAAAACCUUACUAGGAGACAUCAUGGGCUGUUGAAAAUAAGAUUUACCUUGAAUGCUGCCUGGCCAGAGACGUGGUCCUCCUGAUCAACUUCAGACAGUUUCAGGGAUUCUGUCAGCUGCAAAGAAGACAGCUUUAACCCUCUAAAUUUACUCAGAGGAUCUGAUAUUGGCCUCUGUUUUGGGGUAGCACUGAGCUAAGGGCAAGAACUUUCUCAAACUUUACUCAAACUUCGUACUUAAAUGGAAUUAGCAUUAGAGCAAAAAGUCAUGAGUUAGUUCUUCAGUCUUAUUGAUUACUGUUAUUACAUGAAACGAGGAGCUACUAACUAAUUGGAUUCCAAUUUGUAUGCAUGCAAAACUUCCAGCUCCAAUAUGGAAAUGACCUUGAAGGUCAUAUCAUUAUUUCUGAACUAAAAUUGGUUUGGUUUUUUUUUUUCCAGUGCUUUAUAUAUAUAUUAUAAUUUUGUAUCUUUUUUCUGUUUAUAUAAAUAAAGCUGAAACGGACUGUUGG